CAACCCAUAAUAGAAGGUUCUACUGCAAUUAACUGCGUACAAGUUUGAUUUUAUACAAAUCAGUUUGAAAAGCAAUAUGGACUCAUCAUCGAAACAAGCCUACAAGUCAAAUAUCAAAGUCUCUAAACGCGAUAAAAAAAUAGCCCUUGAGUUAUACAAUUUUUCAUUGGAAGUGCUCCUCUACGUCUCAACCUAUACGGUCUCAUAUUACUGUGAUGUAACAAUGUACAUCCAUAAAUAGCUGCCCGCUGCACCCCCCAUUUGCACCAUAGCAUUUCACUCUUUACUUCUGAAAAUUCCAAAUAAUUAGCAAUACCCAGAAAGUAAAAAGAAUAAAUGGCAGAGAAGGAGCAAGCACCUACACCUUUGGUAGCCGACGGUCAAACUCGUAGCGACGAAGAAUCAGGCACUGCAGGGACAGCACAAACCAAAGAGCUACGCAAAAAGAAGCGCAUGAAAUGCAUAGCAUUUGUUGUAGCUUUUACUAUUUUCCAAACUGGAAUUAUAUUGUUAUUUGUGUUUACAGUUUUACGAUUCAAGGAUCCUAAAUUUAGGGUACGUUCUGCCUCAUUUGAUGAUACCUUCCAUGUCGGCACAGAUGCUGCAGCUCCAUCUUUCAACCUUACGAUGAACACGCAGUUUGGUGUCAAGAACACAAACUUUGGUCACUUUAAGUAUGAAACGAGCACGGUUACAUUCGAAUAUAGAGGGACAGUUGUUGGUUUGGUCAAUGUUGAUAAAGCAAGAGCUAGGGCUAGAUCUACUAGAAAAUUUGAUGCUAUUGUGGUGCUGAGAACAGAUAGAUUGCCUGAUGGUUUUGAACUAAGCAGUGAUAUCAGUUCAGGUAAAAUUCCACUCAGUAGCUCGAGUAGGUUGGAUGGGGAAAUCCAUUUGAUGAAAGUGAUCAAGAAGAAGAAGUCUGCAGAAAUGAAUUGCACUAUGAAUGUUGAUAUACAGACAAGAACACUCCAGGACAUUGUUUGCAAGUGAUCUUCAGCUGCUAGUUUUGUUAGUUGCCAUGUGUUUGUACUUUAUUUUGGAAGUUUCCUCUUUUUCAUUUUCUUUAAGAUUUGUUGAAAGAUGUGUCUCUCAUUCUUUGUAUUUUAUUUGAUUUAUUUGAAAUUUAUAUUCAAGUAAUUUUAUAAA